ACCCCAUCGAACCUGCCCCCGAUCUUCUCUCCAGCCGCGAACAGUCUUCACAAUGGCCGGAGGACUUGUCAAGUACCGCCACUUGUCGCGAAACUCAGCGCAUCGCAAAGCACUUCUCCGAAAUCUGGUCACAUCCCUCAUCGAGCACGAAUCCAUCACGACGACAUGGCACAAAGCAAAAGAAGCGCAGCGUUUAGCGGAGAAAUUGAUCACAUUGAGCAAGAGGAACACUAUUGCGAGUAAACAAGGCGCGCAAGCAAUACUAUUUGAACCCCACCGACACCUCCCUAAACUCUUCAACGAACUCCGAGAACGAUACGCUUCCCGACCUGGUGGAUACACACGUGUCCUCCGAAUCGAGCCCGUGAAAGAGGACCAGGCCGCUUCUGCGAUCCUCGAACUUGUCGAUGGACCCAAGGAUAUGCGCCUUGCGAUGACGGCGAAGAGUAUCGCGCAUGCACGGCAACAGGCGGAGGAAGAAGGAAAAGAGUUCAAGCUGGGAGACAUGACGGCGUGGAAUGUAAGAAAGGUCACGAGGUUCCGGAAAGAGGGAGAGAAGGACCUGGAACAGAUGGUUGAGAAGUUUGAGAAGCUAUUUGAGGAGGGUGAUGAAGGUGUUGAGGUGGUGAAGAAGAAGAGAGUAUACCCUGAUUUGGAAAGGAGUCGGUAGAGCCUUGCUUUGGGCAUGGUGGCUUGAGGUUGGGAAAAGCUUUGUACAGCUGUGUUUUAUGCAUGAGCGUGGCGUUUGGGCAAUGGAAAUCGCAAAAGAUAGGCGAGACCAUGGUGUAUGAGUACCAUUGUAUGUGCCAGCCACGCGGCCGAAGGAUAUCUUGAGCUCCUGCGUACACGGGGCCAAAACAAACAACGAGAGUACCAGCCCCUCGACUAAAUCGUACUCCUUCUCACUAACGAAAGCCUACACUGACCCAGGGACUCGCAGUGUCUGCGAUGCGAGAUCAAGUAG